AUGUCGGCCUACGACCAUUCUCGCGUCCAGCAGUUCAUAGGUGGUAACUCGCUGGAGGCAGCACCGCCCAGCAGCGUUCAUGAUUUUGUAAAGGCGAAUGGCGGUCACACCGUCAUCACGAAAGUUCUUAUUGCAAAUAACGGUAUUGCCGCCGUUAAGGAAAUCAGAUCCAUCCGUCAAUGGAGUUACGAGACAUUCGGUCGUGAAAGAGAGGUCGAGUUCACCGUAAUGGCGACCCCAGAGGACUUGAAAGUCAACGCAGAAUAUAUCAGGAUGGCGGACCGUUAUAUUGAGGUCCCCGGUGGGAGUAACAAUAACAAUUACGCCAACGUUGACCUCAUUGUCGAUGUCGCUGAGCGUGCUGGCGUCCACGCCGUAUGGGCGGGAUGGGGCCAUGCCUCAGAAAAUCCCCGCCUGCCUGAGAGUUUGGCGGCCAGUAAGCACAAAAUAGUCUUUAUUGGACCACCAGGAAGUGCAAUGAGAAGUUUGGGUGACAAAAUUUCUUCCACCAUUGUUGCCCAAAGCGCCAAUGUCCCCACCAUGCCAUGGUCCGGCACUGGCAUUACGGAUACUGUUCUCUCAGAGGCCGGCUACGUUACAGUUCCCGACAGGGCAUACGCCGAUGCUUGUGUGACUUCCGUCGAAGAAGGUUUGAAGAAAGCCGAGCAGAUUGGGUGGCCUGUCAUGAUUAAGGCCAGUGAAGGGGGUGGAGGAAAAGGUAUCCGUAAGGUUGAGGCACCAGAAGCGUUCAAAAACGCAUACCACGCUGUAGCUGGAGAGAUUCCUGGCUCCCCCAUAUUCAUCAUGAAACUUGCUGGUCAGGCUCGCCAUUUAGAGGUGCAACUUCUUGCCGAUCAGUAUGGCGAUGCUAUAUCGCUUUUCGGUCGUGACUGCUCUGUUCAACGUCGCCACCAGAAGAUCAUUGAAGAAGCACCAGUCACUAUUGCAAAGGAAGAGACUUUCGAACAAAUGGAACGUGCAGCCGUUCGCCUGUCGAAACUUGUCGGUUAUGUUAGUGCUGGUACUGUGGAAUAUCUUUAUAGCCAUUCGGAAGAUUACUUCUACUUCUUGGAGUUGAAUCCCCGUCUUCAAGUCGAGCAUCCUACCACCGAGAUGGUUACCGGCGUCAACCUUCCAGCCGCACAGCUCCAAAUCGCUAUGGGUAUCCCUCUCCAUCGCAUUCGUGAUAUUCGACAGCUUUACGGAGUUGCGCCCAACGGUACCUCAGAAAUCGACUUCGACAUGACCAACCCUGAUUCUAGCAAGUUGCAGCGCAAGCCUCGCCCUAAGGGUCACGUCGUCGCUGUUCGCAUCACCGCCGAGAACCCUGAUGCGGGUUUUAAACCCUCGUCGGGCUCCAUCCAGGAACUUAAUUUCCGUUCCAGCACUAAUGUGUGGGGUUACUUCUCUGUCAGCACCGCCGGUGGUCUGCACGAAUUCGCCGAUUCCCAGUUUGGUCACAUCUUUGCGUACGGUGAAGACCGUGGGGAGAGUCGUAAGAAUAUGAUCGUCGCCUUGAAAGAGCUUAGCAUUAGGGGAGACUUCCGCACGACAGUCGAAUAUCUCAUCAAACUCCUGGAACUUGAAGCUUUCAAGGAGAACACCAUCACCACUGGAUGGCUCGACUCUCUUAUCAGCAACAAACUCACCGCCGAGCGUCCUGAUGCGACUCUUGCCGUAGUGUGUGGAGCCGUCACCAAGGCUUACCUUGCUUCCGAGGCUUGUUGGACUGAGUACAAGCGCAUUCUUGAUAAGGGUCAAGUGCCCGGUCGCGAUGUCCUCCGUACAGUCUUCGGCAUUGACUUUAUCUAUGAAAACACUCGUUACUCCUUCACUGCGGCCCGAUCAUCGUCGACAGUCUGGACCUUGUAUUUAAAUGGCGGACGUACCAUGGUUGGUGCCCGUGCUUUGGCGGAUGGUGGAUUGUUGGUGCUAUUGGAUGGCAAGAGCCAUUCUAUAUACUGGCGAGAGGAAGUAGGCGCUCUCCGAUUGAUGGUCGAUGCCAAAACGUGCUUGAUUGAACAAGAAAACGAUCCCACUCAGCUAAGAAGUCCCAGUCCCGGAAAGCUCAUCAGAUACUUCCUCGACAGUGGUGACCAUGUCAAAGCUGGUGACCAGUACGCUGAGAUUGAGGUCAUGAAAAUGUAUAUGCCUCUGGUCGCUACUGAAGACGGUAUUAUUCAGCUGAUCAAGCAGCCUGGAGUCAGUCUGGAACCUGGUGACAUCCUUGGUGUUCUUACCCUUGAUGACCCCGCUCGGGUGAAGCACGCUAAACCUUUUGAAGGCCUUCUCCCACCAAUGGGUUCUCCGGGUGUUGUUGGGAACAAACCUCAUCAACGUCUGGCUCGCUGCCUCGGCGUUUUGAACGACAUUUUGGACGGAUUUGAUAAUCAGUCGGUCAUGAAUUCUACCUUCAAGGAAUUCAUAGAGGUUUUGCACGAUUCUCAGCUUCCUUACUCUGAGAUCAAUGCCAUCCUUUCGUCGCUCUCUGGGAGAAUUCCUCAGAAAUUGGAGGACAAUAUCCGUGCUGCCAUCGAGGCUGCUAAAGCCAAGGGACCAAACACAGAAUUCCCCGCCGUUCGCGUCAAAAAGCUCAUUGACCACUACAUCCAAGAUUCGAUACUUCCUCAAGACCGCGCAAUGUUCCGUUCCAAGAUUGUUCCCCUGUGUGACGUUGUUGAACGUUUCAGUGGAGGGUUGAAGAAUUACAUCACGGAAACUAUCGCCACAUUGUUGUCGCGCUACGAAGCCACUGAAAAGCUCUUCGGUGGGAGCAUUGAGGCUCGUGUACUUGCACUCCGUGAUCAAUACAAAGAUAACCUCGAUACCGCUGUAAGCCUGGUCCUUAGCCACAUCAAGGUCCAAGGCAAGGCCAAACUUGUCCUUGCUAUUUUGGACUAUGUCAAGAGCAGCAACAUCACGGUUUCUAAUCCAGAGAGCCGACUUUUCAAGGUGCUACAAGACCUUGCUUCCCUCGAGGCUAAGUCGUCUACCUCGGUGUCAUUGAAAGCCCGCGAAGUCCUCAUUCUUGGCCAGAUGCCUUCCUAUGAGGAACGUUUGGUUCAAAUGGAAUCGGUCCUUAAGAAUUCAGUGACCAACAAUUACUACGGUGAAUCAGGCCAAGCACCGAGGACCCCCUCGGCCGAAGUUCUCAGGGAACUUACAGAUUCACGAUAUGUUGUCUACGACGUCUUGCCGGCCUUUUUCAACCACGAUGAUCCAAUGGUUCGACUUGCUGCCUACGAGGUGUAUAUUAGGCGCGCCUAUAAAGCAUAUAAUUUGCUUUCCAUUGAUUACGAAGAAGGCGACACCCUUGAUGAUGGAGAAGUCCCCACUGUUGUAACGUGGCGUUUCAACCUAGGCCAGUCGCACUCUCCUCCCGAUACUCCACGCAUUGCUUUUGGAGGACCUCCCCUCCGCUCGGCGUCUGUCAGUGAUCUUACCUAUAUGAUAAACCGACACCAGUCUCAGCCCGUUCGCACUGGAACUAUCGCUUCGUUCCCCAACGUCAAAGCCAUGGCAAAAGGCUUCGUUAAAGUUGUCUCAAUGCUCCCCGCAUUCGAUGGUCAAGAAUUCUCCGAGCGAUACGGCCCUAACAGUCAAGCACCAAAUGUUGUCAAUAUUGCUCUUCGUAUUUUCCGUGACGAGGAUGAUAUGCCUGAGAACGAGUGGAACAAAGUUGUGAUUGACUUCGUCAAUAACCAUCAGGAGAUCCUAGCCCACCGCGGUGUUCGACGCAUGUCAAUUCUUUUGUGCCGUCGCGGACAAUAUCCUGUCUAUUUUACUUUGCGUGAUUUCGAUGGUGUUUGGAAGGAAGAGGAAGCUAUUCGUAACAUCGAACCUGCUUUGGCUUUCCAGCUUGAGCUGAGCCGCCUUUCCAACUACAACUUGACUCCAUGCUUCGUCGAGGCGAAGCAGAUCCACAUCUACCAUGCCAUUGCUCGCGAAAAUCAGCUUGAUAACCGAUUCUUCAUCCGCGCGCUCGUUAGACCCGGUCGUCUACGUGGCUCGAUGACUACAGCUGAAUAUCUUAUCUCGGAAACUGACCGACUGGUAACAAGCAUCCUUGACGCUCUCGAAAUCGUCAGUGCAGAGCACAGAAAUGCUGAUUGUAACCAUAUCUUCAUGAACUUCGUAUACAACCUAGCUGUCGAAUACGAGGACGUUCUGGCCGCUAUAUCCGGGUUUAUCGAACGUCACGGUAAACGUUUGUGGCGCCUCCACGUUACUGGCUCUGAAAUUCGUAUCGCCUUGGAGGAUAGUGAUGGCAAUGUUACUCCGAUCCGAUGCAUUAUUGAGAAUGUCUCUGGUUUCGUCGUAAACUUCCGUGGAUACCAAGAAAUCACCACGGAUAAGGGCACCACCAUCCUCAAGUCCAUCGGUGAAAAGGGUCCUUUGCACCUUCAACCAGUUCAUCAAGCGUAUCCUACCAAGGAGUCUCUUCAACCCAAGCGUUACCAGGCUCAUCUUAUUGGCACAACUUAUGUGUAUGAUUUCCCUGAUCUUUUCUCCAAAGCUCUCCACAACGUUUGGAACAAGGCCCGUAAGACAGACCCCUCUUUGGUUCUUCCCAAAGUCUUCCUGGAGUCAAGGGAACUCGUUUUGGACGAGCACGACAAACUUGCUCUUGUCGACAGGGCACCAGGCAAUAACACUUGUGGAAUGGUUGGGUGGGUUUUCACCUUGAGGACACCGGAGUUCCCUCAAGGACGCAAAGCUGUCGUCGUUGCCAACGACAUCACCUAUAAGAUUGGUUCCUUCGGUCCAUCUGAAGAUCAAUUCUUUUAUCUUGUCACUCAGUACGCUCGUGAUUUGGGCUUGCCUCGCAUUUACUUGUCGGCCAACUCGGGUGCUCGAAUUGGUUUGGCAGAAGAAGCUCUGCCUUUAUUCUCUGCCGCUUGGAACGACCCUGCCCGUCCUGAAAAGGGUGUCAACUACCUCUAUCUCACUCCUGAAAAUUAUCUUAAACUCAAGGAGAAAGGACCGGACUCUGUCAGGGCAGUGGAGAUUGAAGAGGACGGUGAACGCCGUUUCAAGAUUACGGAUGUCAUUGGCCUUCAAGAUGGCCUUGGUGUUGAAUGUUUGAAAGGUUCUGGUCUCAUUGCCGGGGAAACUUCUAGGGCGUAUGAAGAUAUUUUCACCAUCACGUUGGUGACCGCCCGUUCAGUUGGUAUUGGGGCUUAUCUCGUUCGUCUGGGAGAACGUGCAGUCCAGGUCGAGGGUCAACCUAUCAUUUUGACUGGGGCUCCUGCUUUGAACAAGGUUCUUGGUAGAGAGGUCUAUACCUCUAAUCUCCAACUGGGAGGUACCCAGAUCAUGUUCAAGAACGGUGUGUCUCACUUGACAGCCAGCAGCGAUUUACAGGGCGCCAGCCACAUCUUAGAAUGGCUCUCCUACGUCCCCGAAAUCAAAAAUGGUCCUCUCCCCAUUCGCAUGUCACCUGAUACUUGGGAUCGAGACAUCGACUACACUCCCCCUAAAGGAGCCUAUGACCCACGUUGGUUUAUCGAAGGCAAAGUUGACGAGACUUCGUCGGAGUAUCUCAGCGGCUUCUUCGACAAGGACUCGUUCCAAGAGACACUCAGCGGAUGGGCGCAAACAGUUGUCGUUGGACGUGCUCGCCUUGGCGGAAUCCCCAUGGGUGUCAUUGCUGUCGAAACCCGCACCAUCGAACGUGUCGUCCCUGCCGAUCCCGCUAAUCCCUCUUCAUUCGAGCAGCGUAUCAUGGAAGCUGGCCAAGUGUGGUACCCCAACUCUGCCUACAAGACUGCUCAAGCUAUUUUCGAUUUCAACAGGGAGGGUCUGCCAUUGAUUAUCUUCGCCAACUGGCGUGGAUUCUCUGGUGGACAACAAGACAUGUACGACGAGAUCUUGAAGCAGGGCUCGAAGAUUGUCGAUGGACUUUCAAGCUACAAGCAACCUGUCUUCGUGUACAUUGUCCCGAAUGGUGAACUUCGCGGAGGUGCCUGGGUUGUCCUUGACCCAUCCAUCAAUUCUGAGCAGAUGGAAAUGUAUGCCGAUGUCGAAGCUCGUGCCGGUGUCCUCGAACCUGAAGGUAUCGUUGAGAUUAAGAUGCGCCGUGACAAGAUUUUGUCCCUCAUGGAAAGGCUGGAUUCUACAUAUGCCUCCUUGAAGCGCGAUAGUAAGGAUGCCUCGAAAUCCCCUGAACAACGUGCCGCCGCAUCUGCCGCCCUCACUGAACGGGAGACCCUACUCCAACCGACGUACAAGCAGAUCGCGUUGUUAUAUGCUGAUCUUCAUGAUCGCUCUGGUCGUAUGGAAGCCAAAGGUUGCGCCAAACCUGCUGUUUGGAAGAAUGCCAGGCGUCACUUCUACUGGGCUCUGCGUGCACGUGUAGCCCGAUCCAGCGCUCUGGCAAUCCUUGCGGAGGCGACCCCUGAGGCAACGUACCAAUAUCGCUCACGCUUGCUUGAUUCACUGGCUGGUAUCGAUUCAGAUACCGACUAUCGCCAAGUGGCUGAAGCCCUUGAGAAGUUGGACCUUUCUCAGACAGUCGCUCAACUCAAGGCGGACCAUCUUUUGAGGCAGAUGAUCGAGUUGACGAAGAGCGACCGUAAAGUUAUCUUGGAUGGUCUUGUUCGCCUCGCCGACAACUUCUCGGACGAAGAAAGAUCUACAUUGGCUUCUCUCCUCAAAUCUGGCAGUCGUUCGCCAGCCCCUCCCUCGUAUUCGAAUACCACUGCGUAG